ACUAUAGCGACCCAUAUUUGUUCAAUAUUCGAACCAACUCUUUCAAAUCUUGGUUGGUUUCUAUAAUAUUCGAGAUUAUUUCAUCAAGUAGUUUAAAAUGGUGAUUCUGCUAGUAAAAAGAGGUGAUGAAAAUCAAUUUCUGUACGAAACUAAUGUUGAUAAGCAAGUUGAUGAUGUUGUAAAGGAUGUGGUAGCGAUCUUCAAUGGAAGACUCAAAGUGACAAGAAUUUGUUAUGAAUUGGACGAAUUGAAGGACCAUGGCACCUUCUUGCCGUUGGAAAUGCAGGGGUUGAAUGAUGAUCAGAUCAAAGAACUAAAACUCGAAGACCCCUGGGCUAAGCGCUGUGCCCCAAUGAAUUACGUGGAGAACAAGGACGAGAUGGGUCGCCGUUGUGGACUGGCUCCACCGCCGAACAUGCAAGAGGUGCUGAAGAAGGCUGCCGAGACUGCUAAAGCCAUCAUUGAUAAGAAACAUGUAGACCUCCGUGAAUACGUAACACAAAAAGAUGUAGCCAGAGCAUUAGACGAGUUGAGGGGAGCUACCAAAAUAGUCUUCCCUGGCGGUCUACCUCCUCACGACCCUGUUCGAAUGGAGCUGGACAAUGUUGAAGAUCUGAGCGGAACUCAAGCUGCGAAUGAAGUGAUUGAUCCAGCCAAGGCUUGCCUGUGGGCUUGUGGGAAGAAGUUUCUCAGUGGAAACAAGCUGAGUGAUCAUUUGGGCAAGAACGACAAAUGCAAGGUGACAGUGAAGCUGUGUUGUUCUUCAGAAAGCGCUCCAGGUCGCGAGCCAAUCAUGACUGAGGAUGAGAGGAAACAAUUGAUGCUCCAUGCAUAUCGCAAGCAAGAAGAAUGGAAGAAGUUGGAGCAGGAUGAUAACGAUCAUUACUUGAACUCCAAAUGGGCUGAUGGGCAUAAUCUGAAGAGGCAAUUCCAUGGGCUAAACAAUAUCUCUUGGAAACCGGUCAUUAAGAAGUGAACUCGAUUUUAUCGCACUCGAUUAAUUGUAGUGGUAUUUUGUGAGUUUGCGUGCCUGCCCCAUUAUAUUCAUUCACGCUUUCUAUACAAAUACAGAGGUAAUACAGAGGUAUUCAUUUAUCUCUUUCUACUCACUUUUUUAUGAUGAUUGAAAGGAUUUGUCAGUAACGUAGCUUUGUAUUUCUUUCUAAUGCUAUAGCUGCUGUUAGCCAUAGCUGAAAUUGAAGUAUGAUAAGAAUACUAUUAAUGUGAUUGUUAUUUACGAUUCCAUGUGGAUUGAUAUACAGAAUCUGAAGAGUUUGUUUCCUUGAAUGUUGGUUAUUAAGAAGUGAACAAUAAUAUCUAUUACUAUUCUACUAUACAUUUCAUGCUGUAUAGUGCCGAUACCAUUGUUAUAUUUUUUUUGCACGGUUCAAGAGACUGGAGCUCUUCACAGUCUUGUAACUUCUCUCUUUCUUUCUCUUAUUUAAAAUGAAUAGGAAAUCUACUAUGUCACUUUAUAAAGUCAACCAUAUGUUGAUUUGCCCUGCAUGGAACUAUAUUGUGGGUGGUGAUAAAGUAGAAUUUGUAAUGAUUUUGUACAAGUAGAUGAGAUCUUGACUGUACAUCUUCUGUAAACUGCUGCAGUAGAUUUAAUACAGUAGAAAAUUAUGGAUUCAUGUUCUAUCUUGUCAUACUUAUUAGUAUUAAUUAUACUUAUACUUAA